AUGUUGUCAUUAUCUUCACAUUUAUUAUCAAUUCCACAAAACCAUAGACCAGUUUUAUUUUUAAGAACUAUUGGUCUAAAAACACUAUCAAAAAGUUUAAUUUCCCAAAGAGCAGCCAAUGUCCGUAUAUUCAAUAUUAGGAAUAUUCAAGAAAAAUUUUACACUAUUGAAAAUAAAACUAAUGAUAUUUUAAUUACUCCUGAGAAGAUCUUAAACAAACCAAAGGAUACUAUUUUAUCAAUCUCAGAGAGAGCAAGUCACAGAUUAAGUGAGAUUUACAUCAAUUCGAAAGAAAUUCUGCAAAUCGGUGUGGAAAGUGGUGGUUGCCACGGUUAUCAAUACAGUUUGAAACUUAUACCAGAUAUUAAAGAUAUAUCACCUUGGGAAAAAUUAGAGAAAAAAGAACUUAAUAGUGAAACCAAAGCGGAUCCUUCAAACCAACAUGAUGAGUUUGAUGAGUUUGAUGAGUUUGAUGAAUUGAGCCCGGAAAAAAACGUACUUUAUAUACUUCCGAAUAACAAAGGUAAAAUAUUGAUUAACAAGAUGUCUUUAAAGAUAUUAAAUAAAACUACCUUAAUAUAUACUACUGAAUUAAUUGGAUCAAGUUUCAAAAUAAUUAAUGGUAAAUUAAAAAGUAAAUGUGGAUGUGGAUCUAGUUUUGAUUUGGAAGAUUAA